AUGACAGAAGAAGUAAUUUCAACUGGUUCCACUAAAAAUCAAGUUAGUGGAUCCUAUCCUCAACCUGCUGUAAAGAAAAAGAGAAGCCUUCCUGGAAACCCAGAUCCUGAAGCUGACGUGAUAGCCUUGUCCCCGAAGACUCUAAUGGCCACCAACAGAUUCUUGUGUGAAAUAUGUGGAAAGGGUUUCCAGAGGGAUCAAAACUUGCAACUGCACAGAAGAGGGCACAACCUUCCAUGGAAGCUGAAGCAAAGGAGUAGCAAAGAAGUGCGAAAACGCGUUUACGUGUGCCCUGAAAAGGGCUGCGUUCAUCACCAUCCAUCGAGGGCUCUCGGAGACCUAACUGGCAUAAAAAAACACUUUUGUCGAAAGCAUGGGGAGAAAAAGUGGAAGUGUGAGAAAUGCUCUAAACGAUAUGCUGUGCAAUCAGAUUGGAAAGCUCACUCCAAGACUUGUGGUACUAAGGAAUACAAAUGUGAAUGCGGGACUAUAUUUUCAAGGCGAGAUAGCUUCGUCACUCACAGGGCAUAUUGUGAUGCCUUGGCCGAGGAAACAGCAAGGGUAAAGGCAGCAUCUCACGUGGAAAACCAUGCAGGCCAUGUCAAUUAUCAGUUCUCACUAGGACCUAAUAUGGGGCAGCAUUUCUCUUCCAUCUUCGAGCCAAUUUCAUGCAACUCUCAAAAAAUUAAUGAUCCAAUGACAAGAGGCAUUUCACUGUGGAAUAUGAGCAAGCAGACUCCCCUAAGUCAAGAAACACUGUGCAAAAAUCUCCAAGAAAUGCACCAAAUGGGAAUUUCUGUCAGUUCCUUAGGCGCAAUAUACAGUUGUACUGAUCCACUUUUUAAUCCCUGCCCAUCUAACCCUCCUGCACCAACCACUACUUAUCAGUUGAAUUGGGAUUUUGCGAAAAGUCUUAAUUCCUCAAAAGCUGCUGAUGAUCAGUUAAGCUGCAAUUCACUUCCUUUGAAUAAUAUCAAUGUUAAAGAUGUGGGAAAUCAUCAACUUGCUGGGAGUGUUCCAUCCUUGUUUAGCACUCAACAUCAAUCCCACCAUCAAUCAUCAGCAGCAAACAUGUCUGCAACAGCUUUAUUGCAGAAAGCUGCCCAAAUAGGAGCCACCACAACUGACCCAUCACUCGUAGGAAACUUUGGCCUCAAGUGCACUGAAAUUCCAGUCCAAAAUGCAGUAACUACUGGUCUUGGAAGUGAUUUUUCUGCAUUCAAUCAGCUUCAAAUGUACCCCUCUAUGCGCCACCAUAUACAGAAUCAAGAUAAUAUCAGAGAGGGAGAAACUAGGGAUUUUCUUGGUGUGGGCAUACAGUCCAUCUGCCAUCCAUCAUCAAUCAAUGGAUGGAUAUGA